CUGCUACGUUCCGAAUUUCCGAGUUCUCUCUUCUACCAGCACUCGCAUGCAUGCUCUGGAUAAUCUGGGCGUGAAGUCUAUGCUUUGAAUACUGAGAAUGAAAUUAAAUCCGCUCCUUACGGUGUUGUCUGCGGCAGCAAUCGGGUUCUUCAUUGGCGUUUCCUUUCCUGUACAAAUCACACCAAAGGUAUUCCCGUUGAGCUUUGGUGAUGGGAACUGCACCUUCGGUGGCAGCUACAUACUUGGCCGACUUUCGACGGCAUUUAGAAACAGCACUUCUACAGUGGAGGGGACUCCAGUCCUGCAGCCAAAUGCCACUUCAGAGAAGGUGGUUGCACUGGCAAAGCCGAAAGGCGCGGAGAGGCUACCACCAAACAUCAUAGUUCGAGAGUCUGAUCUCCACAUGCGCCGGCUGUGGGGACACCCGCGUGAGGACACCCCCACUCGCAAGUACCUUUUGGUGCUGACAGUUGGUUACAGUGACAAAGUCAACGUCAACGCCACAGUUCACAAGUUCUCGGAAAAUUUUGACGUGUUGCUAUUCCACUAUGAUGGACGGACGACAGAGUGGGACGAGUUCGAGUGGUCCAAGGAGGCCAUCCAUGUUAGCGCUAGGAAGCAGGCCAAAUGGUGGUAUGCCAAGAGGUUCCUGCACCCAAGCAUCGUGGCGCCGUAUGAGUACAUCUUCAUCUGGGACCAGGACCUCGGCACUGAGACAUUUGAUGCGGAGGAGUACAUCAAGAUUGUGAAGAAGCACGGGCUGGAGAUCUCGCAGCCGGGCAUGGACAUCACCAGAGGGGUGAAGACCUACGACGUCAAUGUCAGAAGGAACGACACCGAGAUACACACGUCGACUUCUGUCGGUAAGUGCAGUGAGGACGUGCACAAGCGGCCGUGCAGCGCUUUUGUGGAGGUGAACGCGCCCGUCUUCACGAGGGAGGCAUGGUCUUGCGUCUGGCACAUGAUCCAGAGCGACCUGGUCCAUGGAUGGGGCCUCGACUGGAAUUUCUGGAGAUGCGUCGACGAGCCUGAGGAGCAGAUCGGCAUCGUGGACACGCAAUACGUGGCGCAUCACCGGGGGUUUACACUGGGGAACCCGGGCAACGAGACCGUGGAUGGAAGCCGCCGCAAGGUGAGGCUCCGGGCGUCGGCCGAGUUCGGCAUGUUCAAAGCCAGGUUGAACAACGCGGACAAGCUCCAGGCAGCAGCUCUUCUUGCACAAUCUGGUGCCGCCACGCCCACGCAGUCGUAGUCAUUGCUAGGGGGAGGGAUGCCAGCUACAUGUACUCUCCCAAAGUGUUGUCGUCUACAGUGAGUCAAUCAAAAGCCAUGUCAUUGCACCUAGGUUCCAAUCUUAUAAACUACACAUGGCAAUUCUAAGAAAGGUAAACGCGGAAUGUAAAUGCAAUAAGAAAUGCGGAAGGUAAAUGAGGUAGA